GGCUCAAAGGAGCUCGGAUUCCUUCGAAGCCCAGACUCGCCUACUUGGCCUACUUGGCCCACUUAAGCACUUGUGGGUUUUAACGCCGCAAUGUACAGCAAGGGCUAUGGCGGCGGCUGGGGUGGCAAAGGAGGUUGGAAUGGCAAGGGCUUCUCCUAUGGCUUUUAUCCGGGCUUUGCGCCAUGGGAUGGUGGCAAGGGCAUGAUGAUGUUUGGUGGAAUGCCGCCCAUGUUUCCAUUUAAAGGGAAGGGCAAAGGUAAAGGCAAGCGAAGCCCGCAGCUUCGCGUUGACCCAUCCAGAAAGCUAUGGAUUGGCAACAUCCCCGAGCAGGCCAAAUGGAAGGACCUCCAAGCCCUUGUUGACCAGGCUGGAGGAAAGAGCAAAUGGGUCGAGAUCUUCCGUGGCAAGGGCAAGGGUACAGCUGCUGUAGUGUACGCCACGGCUGAAGAGGCUUCUGCUGCGAAAUCCACGCUGAACGGUGCAGACCUCUGCGGUUCCUCCAUCGUGGUAGACUCUUGGGAGAAGGGUCGACAGGACUGAAGAAUCUGCCCACGCCCAGGUCAGCCCUGUGCAGCUUGACAGGAACCACUUUUACUAAGUAUUUUAAGGCUGGCUUCCAGAAUUUGAGGCUGGGAAAGUUACC